AUGCCGCGGCCAGUCCGCGACUGCAUGCUUGAUUCUGCUGCUUCUUCUGUGGCUCACAGGUCUCACAAAAUAAUAGCAGCAAGUACGAGCGAUAGCAGAAUUUCAGCUAUCCCCAUUACCAUACCUUCAAUUUCGGUUUCAAUCAUAGGCGCUGAAAAAGAUCCCACAUCAAUCAUGGUAAUGGCAAUUGACUCCACAGUCCACAGUGCAAUACGGCAAUUGAAGGAUGAGAAGAUGACACUUAAUGUCAAUUGA